AUGCGAAGUCUGAAUUUUCCAAGCGCUAGUGCCCCACAUGCACCACUUGCUGAUGCAUUUGAAGUGGAUGAUUUUUUACUGAAUGAUGUUGAACAGUGUUAUAAUUUCCAAGUUACUGGUAGUAGCGAUGCGCCAUUAACUGAAGGAAACGAAUUGUCAGAUAGCAGUGAAGAUGAGGAAGAAAUGGAACAAGAUGAGAUGAAUAUGCAUACAGAUAUGAUCAACGAUGAUUCUUUUUCUGAGGAUGAUGAUGAAAUGAAUAAAGAGGAUGAAUAUCCAGAGUUAACAAGAACUUGUGGAGAAUCAGUCGUCGAGAGCGAAAGUUAUGAUUUUACCGUGAUGGAUACUGAAAAGGAUAUGAAUAGUGCUAAUAGAAAAAGAAAGGCAGAUAGUUCGACGACACGCAAGAAAAAACGAAUAAGAUGA